CGAACGGCCCAAAACAUAAAACAGACAUUGAAAGAUCCAGAUUGAUACACGUAAGCAUUCAGAAAUCAAUAACGGAGAAAAUUCUCGAGGCUUCCCUCUGUUUUUCCAAUAUCAAUCGGAAACUCAGAAACACAACGUUGUUGGCCUGUUUCAGUUUUUUUAUUGCUGCAGCGGAACCAGACACUCUUCCAGACAACCACAAGAACAUAAAAAUCUACAUGCGCGGUGGAACUGCUUCAUUGUUGCCUUCAAUAUACAAAUUCAAACAAAUCUGCCCUUUGGCUGGAUCAUGGGGUACUGUGGCUACUUCAACACCGAGGAAAUCGGAUAAUAAUGGCUCUAAGGAAACAGGGUCCGUCAGUAACGACCAGACUGAGCCUAUUGUUGCCUUCAGCAAACCUCCACCACAGCCACCUAUUCUUGGACCACUGGUUGCCUUUUCACUCUUAGAAACAUGGUCUCGCCGUGAUGCUGAUGAUAACUGACUGGUCUCAUAAAUGAAGCGUUGCUGAAUGCCCUAUCUAUGUAAAUAAUGAACCUUUGUCGACUACCUGAAUAGAACUUUUGAGAUUGGAGCGUUGUAGGUUGUGCUUUUCAUUGCUAUGGCAAACAAGCCAUCAAGCCGUCAAUUCCCAAAUUCUGACGUCAGUUGCCACCAGUAGGCUUAUGAAUGGUGCCAAGCAUACUGUGUAAAUCGAACUGUAGUAUGGCAUGUAGGCACCUUAGAACCCUGUAGGGUUGAAAAGAAUUAUGAGAGGCAUUUCAAUAUUGAGUUGUUACGGAGAGAUGUGUGCAUGUUUCUAAAUUUUAAAAAUAUCAGUCAUUGCUUGCUGUGCUUGUGGAAA